UUCCCUGAUGCAGAUGCUCCCUCCUGGCUCCCUGCCAUCCCUCUCCCGGAGACACAGCCGGGUUUUCACUUCCCCUCGCCCUGGUUCCCUCCUGGUUGCUCUCCUGCCUGCCCAGGAGCUUCCCUCCCUUCUGAGCACACCUGGCUCAGCAGCUGCUGGCAGGAGAAGGGAUCUGCUGUGCCUGCAGGGUGGGAUCAGCAGCCUCUGAGCCAACUCUUUGGGGGAAUUAGAUCAAGAAAGUAACAAAGGAAUGCCACAGUCUGCCAAUAAUGUAAUUAAAGAACCAAGCCUCAUCUGAGCUCUCUCUUGCCAAAGAGCUUGCUGGAUGUUCCCAUCAUCAUAUUCUGGCAAGCUUCAAGACAAAAUCCUUUGGCUUCCACCUGCAUGCAGCUAUUGACACUUGGGCAUGGAUCAAAGUGAAUUUCCACAGCUUUCAGAAGCUGCGCAGGGAAAAGCGGCUCCGGGAGCGCUCAGCCUUCUCUCCUCGCCAAACCUCGGAACCACCCGCAUCCCAAGAGCUUUUUAUUCCCUGGAAUUAUAUAAAAAAAUGGGUUCCAGGCUGUUAUCAGGGAUGAGUUUCUAUAAACCCAUCCUGGCCGCAGCCCUGUGCGCGCUGGUCCUGCUGCCGGAGCCGGGCUGUGCCAGGACCCUCUGGAAACGCGCUCUGCUCAAAAUGACCGAGAAAUACGAUGAUUAUGAGUACCCUCUUCAUUCUCACAGCUCGCAGCAGCAGAAGAGCGACCGGUGCCCGCCGCCGCCGCAGAGCCUGCCGGAGCGCGCCUGCGAGGUGCCCAGCUGCCGCUCGGACGGGGAGUGCCAGCGCCACAAGCGCUGCUGCUACAACGGCUGCAUCUACGCCUGCCUCGAGUCCGUGCAGCCCCCGCCGGUCCUGGACUGGCUGGUUCAGCCCAAACCCCGCUGGCUGGGAGGCAAUGGGUGGCUUUUGGACGGCCCAGAGGAAGUCUUACAAGCCGAGGCCUGCAGCACCACGGAGGAUGGGGACGAGCCCCUGCACUGCCCCACGGGCUACGAGUGCCACAUCAUCAACCCCGGCAACACGGCCGAGGGCAUCCCCAACCGCGGCCAGUGCAUCAAGCAGAGGGGAAACCCCGAUGGACACAACCUGAGGCAUAAGUAUUACAAGGAAUAUUUUGGGAGCAAUUCCAACAAUUUGGUCGGCUAUGUGAAAAACCAGCAAAAGCAUUUGGGCUAAUUGAAGGUGUGCCUGGCUGGACCACUCUGUCAAGGAAUGCUUUACCCAGCAGCUUUCUGGUCCCAGAUCUCCACCAGCACAUCUCCAGCAUCCCCCUGACCCCUGCCCACCACUGACAGAAAAAUUCCAUUACCCAAGGAGCAGGAUGAGCCCAGAUUUUAACCCCACCAGGAAGGGGAAAAAUGUGAUCCCCUGCAGGAAACCACACUGCUUAUCAGCUGCCUUUCUACAAAUGAAAUGCAAACACCUCCAAGGGAUCCCUGCAAGCCACAGUGCCAUGAUCAGGCUGCUGACACAGAGCCUGCCCUCUACGUGCUUGUUGUGUGACCAAUUCAGAUUUCAGGCCUGUGAACACAGCCCAGUGACGUCAGAAUUCUGCCUAAAUAUCAUAUCUGAGUUGCUUUAAAAUAGGUGAGACUAAAGAGGUUCUCUGGAUCAAAUCCAGUGCCUGCCUGUCUUGAACAACUCCUUUAAAGAAGCCUUUUAAUCAGCUUAAAAAUUCAAAGAAACCUGCAAGUUUCUUCUUUUUCCUAUUUAUAUCCAGAUAAGAACCAGGCUUGACACCCACUCUAAAUGGCAAAACCUGAAAUCUUAAGAAUUUGAGGAGGUUUAAGCUAGGAGCAAUUAUAAUUUUUUUUUUUCUCAGUCUGGUGAGCUGCAGAUUGAGAGUUAAUAAUGGAACAGAUUCCUUCCUAGAAUAUCCAGCAGACACAGAAAUGCAUGCCAGGCUCUGUCAUGUGCUGGUUUUAGCCAGCACAGUUCAUGCUCACAGAAUCUGUGGUUUUGUACCUGAAGGCCUGAAGUCUGGAUAAUCUGAGAAAUGUUGGAAAAGGAAAGCCAGGAUAAAUUUGUGUGAUGAGAAGGAUUGUCUGGCCUCAGGAGUGCUGCACCUUUGUGUUGGCUUCAUUAACCCUUAAAGUCUGGAUAUUUCUAUUUGGGCCUCACAGUUUUGAGCUCCUUAGCAUUGUACAAUGGAAAAUGCAUUUUCUGUUAAGGUUUUCCUUCCCUGUGGCAGUCCUGAAGGGACAGUUGCAUUCAUUGUGACAAAUCAGCCAGAAUUGUUUGGCAGAAAAGCCACGUUUGCUCCAUGGUUUAGUCCAUCUGCAUGCAUGAAAUUAGCAUUUUAAUUUGCACACUAGUAGCACUGCAUAUAAAUACCCCAUUCCCAAAUGCAAGUGCCUGCUUCCACUCACAAAAUACAGGAAUUUUUUUUUUUUCCACUCACUAAAUGGUUUAAGCCAAAUCCAAGACACCUGUAAAACUCUUGAUACUUUGCACAUGGCAUUUGCAGCUGGAGAGAUGGGAGGUGCCAAACUGUUCUGUUUCCUAUUUAAACACAGUCCUGGGUGCUUUACAGAGCAAAGGAACAGCUGAAGGGCUCCACUUUUUCCUAAAUAUCUUCACUUGCUGAACUCAUUUUUUUUUUAAAGUGCAAGAUAUUAAAUGCAGCACCAUGUUUGGACAGAGCUAUUUCUGGAAUUUUAUCCUAUCCAGCUUCCUGCAAUGAGAUCUUCAUUCCUGCUUGGACACAGCAGAACCAGAGAAUUGUGGAAUGGUUUGGGUUUGGAGGGAGCUUAAAGCUCAUCCCCUUCCCCUAGAGCAGAUUAUCCAGGCUCCAGUUCAUAUUUUAUAGUUCCAAUCUGUGGUUAGACCAGAAAGUUGCCACUUAUCCUGCUGCAGCCUCACUCCUCGGUGCUGCUCAGGGAAAUGGAUUGAUUUUGUUCAGCGUUACUUUCUGCAGAAAAAAAUCAAAUUCUGAUUAAAGCAAAGCCCUCCAGUGAUCACUGCUGAGCCCUGAACAGUAAAUGCCAAAAUGUUCUAUUUUAAUCUUAAAAAAUUCCUAAAACCUUGUGAGGAGCCAGGUGAAAAACUGGUGUUGAGCAUUCACAAAUUUGAAAGAUUUAAACUUCAAAUCUCAACCUAAUCUCUCAAAGCAGCCCAAAAAUCUGUUUAAUUUGAGUGGACACAUUCACUUCAGUGUUUGUUUUCUUUGUAGCUGCAGAAGCACAUACCUGACCACCUGGGUGGGACAGUGCAGGUAUUUUCUGCUUG